UGGUCAUUCGGCGACUAAGGCUAGACUAAGGCGGUUGAACCUUAACUGGCUAACUGCCCUCCAGGCAAAUUCUUAAGCUGACCAUUUCCGCCAGUGUUGCAAGCACAUGGCAUUGUGAAGUUAUUUAGUAGACCCACAUUUGCCAAUCCUGCAGUAGUCAGAUUCUGAUUGACAUGGCCAGUAGUAGCAGAUCAGUGCUGGACAUUAUUAGCCAGAAAUUGUGCGUUGAAAAAAGGAUCACAGAUAAAGCUGAAGAGCUAAAUGAGCUGCUGGAGGCAAAGGCUGGUGCAGGCUCAUUAGCUGCACUGAGAUUGACAGGGUCCUGCAGACUUGUUGCUUGCGUUGAUCUAGCUGCUCGGUCGCUUGGUUGUACUGUGAGCCAGGCAGAUGUCGUAAGGGUGUCUAGCAUGAAUAAAAAAUCCUACAAUGAAGCAGUGAAAGUGAUCGCAAAUAUAUUAGGCCUGGAAGAGAGAGUUACUCUCAGAGAACUGGCCAUACAGUUUGGUUGCACAGGUGUGGUCACAUUGGCCACAGAAAUCCUCCAGAGGUACAUCUCUGACCAGUGCAGUGAUGUAGACUACCACACACCUUUGUUCCUUUGUGCUGCCCUUGUUGCUGGUACCAGAAAACAGAAGGUGAAGAUUGACAUGGUAAAACUCAGAGAGCACAGUGGUGUAAAAAAAUCUGCAUUAGAGAAAUUAAUCACCAUCAUGGAGAAAUAUGUACAUAAAGCGCCAGAUUCUAGGAAACGCAGUCCAAGUAAAAAUAGAGAUGGUCUUUUAGAAGCUAUAGAUCUACAAGAUAAAGAACACAAUUUAAAGAAAAGUAGACUAGAUGAAUCCACCCCUUGCAAGAAUGGAACAGUCUCAAAGAAGGAUUACGAAGAAUGGAAACGAAGGAUUCUAGCACAGGCUCAGCUUUCAUAACAGUAAUUGUUUGCAGCGUUAUUUAUUGUCCUUACUUUAACCAUUGUAAACAUUUUACAAAAUGUCUCUAUAGGUGUCCUUAAAAACUACCUGCA